CCUCUCUUCUCAUCCUCUCUUCUCUCCUUCCUCCCAAUUCAUCUCUCUCUCUUUCCUUUCCUUUGGAAAGAACAUUUUGCAAAAGGAAGGCAGACCGUCCCUGAAUCCAGCCAGCCUGGCUUGUCAGGAGGAGAGGCGUCUGCAUUGCAGGAAUCUCCCUCUUUCUCUCCCUUCGUUCCCUUUCCUCUCCCAUCCAUCCAUCCAUCCAUCCAUCCUUUCCCCCUUCCCCCCAAUUUGCCCAAAUUGCUGCUUGGAAAUUGCGUCUUGAACAGGGACAUAUGGGGAUGAUGGAGGAGCAUCACUUGGCCGGGAGCAGAUUCCUCAGGGGACACAAGUUACUCAGACAUCCAUCUGAUGCACACAACUGUGACAACAAUGAACUGUCUUCUUUACCAAAAACCAGCAGUAUAAGGUCCAUCUGACUCAGACCCUGCAGAACUAUUGCUUGAAAUCUACGGAAAGUUUUUGCUGAUUCUGUUUGUGACCCACCUUGCGUCCAGUUUUGGGAGUAAGGUGGCAUAUCAAAUAAAUGGAUGUCUUGUAGCUUGCUGCCCAAUCCCGCCCCGGCUGCACACAUCGCAGCGCCUCCACAUGAUCCCAUGACUCUUGAUAUGGACGCUGUCCUGUCAGACUUUGUUCGGUCCACGGGGGCAGAACCAGGUCUGGCAAGAGACUUGCUGGAAGGGAAAAACUGGGAUUUGACGGCUGCUCUCAGUGACUAUGAGCAGCUUCGACAGGUCCAUACGGCCAACCUACCCCAGGUAUUCAAUGAAGGAAAGUAUCCCAAGCAGCAGCAAGAAAGAGAGCCUUCCCAACAGGUGAACAAGAGCGAACGGCCGUCUCUGCAAAGGCAGGAUGACAUCGCGCAAGAAAAGAGGCUGUCCAGAGGGAUUUCUCAUGCCAGCUCAGCAAUAGUUUCCCUUGCCCGGUCCCACGUGGCCAGCGAAUGCAACAAUGAACACUCCCCCUUGGAAAUGCCCAUCUACACAUUCCAGCUCCCCGACCUCAGCGUUUACAGCGAAGACUUCCGGAGCUUCAUCGAAAGAGAUUUGAUUGAACAGGCCACCAUGAUUGCUCUGGAACAAGCUGGUCGUCUGAACUGGUGGUCUACUGUAUGUACGAGCUGUAAACGGCUGCUCCCAUUGGCAACAACGGGUGAUGGAAACUGCCUAUUACACGCGGCUUCUCUAGGAAUGUGGGGUUUUCACGACAGGGACCUUGUGUUACGGAAAGCGCUCUACACCAUGAUGCGAAGCGGGGCCGAAAGGGAAGCGCUGAAGAGAAGGUGGAGGUGGCAGCAGACGCAGCAGAAUAAAGAGUCGGGGUUAGUCUACACAGAAGAGGAAUGGGAGCGAGAAUGGAACGAACUGCUCAAGUUGGCUUCAAGCGAACCACGCACCCAUUUCAGCAAAAAUGGAGGCACUGGUGGAGGAGUUGACAAUUCGGAAGAUCCAGUGUAUGAGAGCCUAGAGGAGUUCCACGUUUUUGUCCUAGCACAUAUAUUAAGGCGGCCGAUUGUGGUUGUUGCAGAUACCAUGUUGCGCGACUCUGGAGGCGAAGCAUUUGCACCCAUUCCAUUUGGUGGGAUUUACUUGCCUUUAGAAGUCAUGCCCAACCGAUGUCAUUGUUCGCCCCUCGUCCUUGCCUACGAUCAAGCGCACUUCUCUGCCCUCGUGUCCAUGGAGCAAAAAGAUCAACAGAGGGAACAAGCGGUGAUUCCCCUGACUGACUCUGAACACAAGUUACUGCCUUUGCACUUUGCGGUUGAUCCAGGGAAGGACUGGGAGUGGGGAAAGGAUGACAAUGAUAACGCCAAGCUGGCCAAUUUGAUUCUGUCUCUGGAGGCCAAACUUAACCUUCUGCACAGUUACAUGAAUGUAACCUGGAUACGCAUACCGUCGGAAACACGGGCUCCUUUGGCUCAGCCAGAAUCCCCUACAGCGUCGGCAGGAGAGGACGUCCAGUCUCUUGCCGAUUCCAUGGACUCCGACAGAGAUUCCAUCUGCAGUAAUUCCAAUGGCAAUAGCGGCAAAAACGGGAAAGAAAAAGAAAAACAACGCAAGGAGAAGGAAAAAAACCGUGCCGAUUCCGUGGCCAACAAACUCGGGAGUCUGAGCAAAACGUUGGGCAUCAAGCUGAAGAAGAACAUGGGCGGGCUCGGGGGCCUCGUGCACGGCAAAAUGAGCCGGGCGAAUUCAGGGAACGGGAAGAACGGGGAGAUCAUCGAGAAGGUCAAAGAGAAGAAGUCCAAGUCCCGCAAGGGGAGCAAGGAGGAGUCCGGACAGUCGGCGAGCACGUCGCCUUCCGAAAAGACGACCCCUUCCCCCACCGAUAAAGCAAGCAUCUCGCCCAUUGAGAAAAUGAGCUCCAAAUCCCCGUCAGAUAAGCAGUCGGACCCGUGGAAGUACAGCACCGACGUGAAGCUGAGCCUCAACAUUUUGAGGGCCGCCAUGCAAGGGGAGCGGAAGUUCAUUUUCGCCGGCCUCCUCCUGACCAGCCAUCGGCACCAGUUCCAUGAGGAGAUGAUUGGCUAUUACUUGACCAGCGCCCAGGAACGCUUCACUGCUGAGCAAGAACAGAAGAGGAAGGAGGCGGAGAAGAAGGCCACGCUCAACGGGUCGGUCGGUCGGAAACUGGAGCAAGAAGCCUUCUCGAAAGAGAAGCUGGAAUCAUCUCCUCAGGGAAGGGCAUCACCCGUCUUGCCUCAAAGCCAUACGACUCCCCUGGUGUUGAAGUUCAAGGACCGCACGAGUCCCAUGCCGGGGUCGUUUUCCUCGCCGAGCAACAGCGCCAAGAGAAGCGGACCCAUCCCGGUAUCUGCCCACUAUAGCCAUACGCCCCCCGUUCAACGGCAGAGUGUCAUCCACUUGCAUGAUGUCAACUCCAAGCCAUCGAGCUUCCAAGACGAUACCUACAAGCCAGUGGUCGGUACCUUAAAAACGUGUGCUACGUACCCGCAACAGAACCGGUCGCUGUCGUCGCAGAGCUACAGCCCGGCCCGGAUAUCCGGCAUCCGCACGGUGAACACGGUGGAGUCGCUGACCUACGCCAUGCCUACGGACCACAAGUCGCAAACGUAUACCAACGGGUUUAACACCAGCGACAUCCGAGACUGCUUGGAAUAUGCCGACGAGGAGGCGCCUCAGACCUGGGUAAACAAUGACAAAAACCGAGGCCGGAGCAGUGUUUGCCCGAUCUAUUCCAUCCAGCAGAACCACUGCAAGAGGGAGAACUGCUCCUUCUACGGCCGCCCGGAGACUGACAACUAUUGCUCCUACUGCUACAAGGAGGAGAUCAAACGCAGGGAGCGAGAAAACAAGGGCCAUCGACAUUAAAGACGGUGGCGCUCUCUUCCCCUGACUAUUGAUUUCCUCCGUUUUUUCUUACUUAGCAAGUUUGUGUCAGUGGAUUAUGGGAGGAGAAGAAAGGGAAAUCCUGCAAAAAAGGAAUCUGUGGGAGAAAGGUCUACGCUUAUUUUUGUUUUCUUUUUUCUGGGAGCGAAGAAAAACAAAAGGAUAAUUUAUCAUAAAAAGAAUUUUAUUGUUUUC